AUGCUGUCUUUCGCAGCGAGCCACCUCUCUUCAUUGCUGUCUCACUGCGGGUCGCUGCCGCUGAAUGAUCUCCUACAUCCCGCGGUCCUCAAGUUCUCCACAGCCACGCUCACCGCGGGCGACAUGGCGCUCUGGAUGGGCCCCGGCCGGAAGGUGCUCGAGCGCGUUUGGGAGCGCCCAACUCUUGCGCUCGAGCUGUGCGCGGCGCUGUCGGACCUCGGCUGGGGCGGCUGGAAGUCGCUCGCGUUGCCGCACGUCCUCAAGCACACGCCCGCGCUCCUGCAGAGCCACGCGCGGGAGACGGCGGAGCUGCUUGCGGCGCUCCAGCGGGAGAGGCGCCUCGCGAGCGUGGACAUCGUGUGGAAGCAGCGCGUGCAGGCGUGGGUCGACAGCCGUUUCGCGCGCUGGGAGCACGCCGCGGAGAGCGUGCUGCUGCUGCGCGACGUGUUGGCGCUGUCUCCGCUGCUGGCGUCGCUCGCGCCGCUGUGCGUCAGGAUCGUGGAGAGCGCGCUCGAGAGGGCGGACGGGCGGGAGGAGUAUGAGGAGACGUGUGCGAAUACUGCGUGGGUGCUUGGCGCGUGUCUGGGCUGUCUCGCAGACCGUCCGUCGGCGGAGUGGGCUGAGAAUGUGGAUGUGGCGCGCUGGACGCAGAAGGUUGUGCAGAAUUGGAGCUGCUCGGCCAUAGUCGACGUGCUCAAGCGCUGCCUCCAAGCUGAAGAAGUUUCGCUUGACGUGCAAGGAGUGCGCGAGCGCGUGUUGCGGAUCAGUCGACUUCCAGUGGUAAUCCAGGACGACGACGAAGUGACCCAACUCAAGGUCAACUUGCGACCUCUCUGGUCGCCGGCUGCUGCAGCAUUGUCUCUGAUGUCGGAACGGUUUGGUGACCUGGUCUGGCGUCUGUUAUUCCAGGAGCUACAGGGUUCUGCGACCGGAGAAGGGCUUUACAGUCCGCCGAGUUGGAUUACAAAUGCGUCGGAUGUGGACGGCGACGACGUAUGGGAGGAAGAGCGGACAUGGAGAGAUCCGAGUGCUCACAAGCUGCGUAGCGCCAUAUCCAGAUGGUUAGGACAUCACAGCACUCAACAUAGUAUAAUCCAGGACCAGAACACAGGCGAUCGAUUCGAUCCCAACACGUAUGAAGCACAGCUGCUUUCGACCCUUGGAGAAUGUUCCUCGUUGGCUGAGAAACACAGUCGCGACCUCGUCCCCUUCUUCCUCUCGCUCGCUGGCCCCGAUGCGACCUCGAAACUGCCGCGUCACAAACUGAGCUCAUGGCUCACGCUCUUCUCCAAGUUCGUCAACCCAAAGGCAUUGCGCUCGACGGAAACCAUGAAGUCCUUGUACGUUUCCUUGCUGUCCCACGCCGAUCGGCCGCUACAACGCCUGGCACUGUCCUGCCUGCUGACGUACAAGUCGCCCCAUCUCUCUCCGCACGAGGACAUGCUCCGCUCACUUCUCGAUGACACGACAUGGCGCGACGAUCUCACGCAACUGGACAUAGCGGAGAUGGAGCAGACCGAUCGAGCGGAGCUGGUCGACGUGAUCAUUCGAUUGCUCUUCGGCCUGAUGCUAGAGAAGCGCGGGCGCUCGCGAGGAGCCGACAGACGCGCUGCCGUGCUUUCAGCUUUUGGGGGAUGCACGGACGAGGAGCUGCGUCUACUCAUCGACCUCAUGCUGCGUCCCAUCUUGAGCGAUGCGGUAUUGGACGCCGAAGAGCCGUUCACCAUCCACGAAGUCUCCAAUAGUGUCUCCGAGAAACAGCAGAUUGGGUUCCUCACUUUGCUUGGCGACGUCCUGAAGCAUCUCGGCUCGCGGCUUACAACACAAUGGUCAUCUCUGCUCCAGACAUUAUUCGACCUCGUCGGAAGUGCACAGACGCGUAUUGAUUUGCGGAGACAAGAGGGCACUAAAGAAGGAGAUGAUGAAGACGAUGAGUCGGACAUCGAUGAUGAACCGGAAGGGUCUUCCAGGGCUACACGUUCUAUACGACAGCUGGGUCUCAAACGGUUCACAGACUUCUUCCGCUGCCCGAUCACCUUCGACUUUACUCGUUAUAUGGCAGAGGCAUACAGGGCGUUCAUCUCCCCCCGUUUGCCGAGUUUGGACUUGGAGAAUACACAGGCUCCCUCGGCACUCCUGGAGCUUUUCUACGUCUGGACCACUCGGGGCGAAUAUGCACGGUUCCUGGUAGACUACGAUGAUCAUACGCUGCCCAAAAUAUAUGAUUGUCUCGUCGCGACCAACGUCAAACCUGCUGUCGUGGCAAAAGUCUUUGAUAUCGUCGACCGUAUACUGAGUCUCUCGGAUGACGACGUGGCCAUGCGGGACGUCCUGCUCAAGCCUCAUGUGUCUCAUCUACUCACCAACAUCACAACUUUGGUCGAACGAACGAAAGGCAACAUAGCGUUCGCUGACACUCUUGGUCGGCGCCAGAUUACCAUCCUAUCACAGAUUGCACCCUACCUCACGGACGGCGUGCAGGCAUCUAUGCUUCUGGAUUUGUUCUCCGCCCCUCUCCGCAAGCCCGCCAAGGUCGUGCCAGAGAAGCUCAAGACGGACAUAGCAACAAUCAUGUGCAGCCUUUUCCCGCUUGUUCCAGAUCUCUCGAACCCUGCGUCGCAGAUCUACGAUAGGACUUUGAGCUUGUUGGCGUUCUUAUUCCAAUCCCUGCGUUCUAGACAAGCGCGGACGUCGCUCGUAGCCGCCAUGCAGCGCUUGGCCCAACUCGAUCCCUCGAUCUCGUACCUCGCUGAUCUCUUGGAGGCACUGAACGCAUAUUCUACGAAGCGAAUCGACGAACCUGACUUCGAUCGUCGUUUGUCCGCUUUUGCGAGCUUGAACGACACACUUCAUUCUUCCUUCUCUCCCAGACAUUGGAUUCCCAUUCUUCGCAACAUGCUUAACUUCAUCCAGGAUCCAACUGAACUCACUGUCAGGAAUAACGCGUCUCUUACCAUGAAGCGCUUCAUUGACCGCGUCGCAGGUAGUGAUGAUCUUGAGUAUGAAGCUGUCUUCGUCAAGCUUCUCUAUCCUGGACUCAAGAAUGGACUCCGCUCGAAGAAUGAGAUGGUUAGGGCAGAGAUCAUGGCCGUGAUUUCGUAUGCGGUUUCCACGUGCGACCGGAUCAAGUCCUUACAAGAGAUGCGCGUUCUACUUGCUGGAGGGGACGACGAGGCCAACUUCUUCAACAAUGUGCUACACGUUCAACUGCAUCGUCGUACAAGGGCCAUUCGUCGUCUCGCGGAGCGCUGUGACGAAGGUCAUUUGCGUAGUUCAACCCUCGCCGAAGUCUUCGUACCUCUGAUAGGGAAUUUUAUUGUCUCGAGUAGUUCGGUCGAUCAUCUCCUCGUCAAUGAAGCUAUCAACGCUACCGGAAGAAUGGCGCGGCAGCUCAAUUGGGGAGCAUACCUUGCACUCACACAACAAUAUCUACGGUUGUCGAGAAACAAAGACGCUUCCGAAAAGAUCUAUGUCCGUGUUCUCGUCGCUAUCCUGGACAACUUCCAUUUUCCAAUGGAGGAUGUCAUUGAGGAGCCGGAGGCGCCACAAGACGCCGACGACGUUGACGUCCAGGAGGAACAACCUAUCAUCGAAGGCGAGGCUCUCAUUCCAUCCACGCCUGCGGUUCAGGUCGUCAGCGUCCAGCAGACAGCGAGAAUCGCGGAUGCGGUGAAUCAGCGCCUGUUGCCUAGACUUCUCCAUCACCUUGAAGACAGGAAUGAGACAGAGGACAGUCUGAGGAUCCCGAUCGCCGUAGGAGUAAUACAAGUGGCUCGACAUCUCCCUCAAAUUACUCGAGAAACUCAGAUCACUCGAUUACUGACAGUCCUCUGUCAAGUUCUUCGAAGCAAGUCUCAAGAGACCCGCGAUCUCGCUAAGGAGACUGUAUGCCGCAUUGCCAUCAUCUUAGGACCCAGCUAUUUGCCCCUCAUCUUACGAGAACUAAGAGCCGCACUUUUACGGGGACCACACUUGCACGUCUUGGCUUUCGUGGCGCAUGCACUACUUGUCCAUGUAACCACGGGUGACAAUGCAGUCCUUUUCAAGACCCUGGAUGACUGCGUUAAUGAUGUCGCUCAUGUCUCUGCCGAGGUCAUCUUCGGAGAGUCUGGGAAGGAUGUUCAGUCAGAGGACUUCAAGACGAAGAUGCGCGAGGUUCGGUCCUCUGCGACGAAGGCACUCGACUCAUUUAGUAUCAUGGCUAAGUUCAUCACACCUUGCAAAAUCAGUAACCUGCUUCUUCCGAUUCGGAACAUCCUGAAGGAGACCGAAUCGCUGAAGGUGUUGCAGCAAGUUGACGAUAUUCUGCGCAGGAUAGCAGGCGGGCUCAAUGCGAAUGAGCAUCUCGUACCAAAGGAGUUGCUCGUCUUAUGUCAUACGCUCAUCAGCCAAAACGCCAAAUUCCUGAAGGAGGCUCCUCAAGUGCGACGCAAGGGAGGCAAAGUCCGUGAUGAUGCUAUUGUGCAGACGAAGCGGAAGGUUGAGCGUGAUUUGGACCACUACGCCAAUAAUUCGUUCAGAUUUGUUGCCUUCGGUAUUGACCUCUUCAUCACGGCGCAUCGCCGAAAUCGAUUCGACUUCAAUGACCCUGAAGUAAUCACUCGCCUUGAAUCGAUGGUGGCGACGAUUGGCAAUACGCUCUAUUCUGAUCGCAUGCAAGUAGUCAUCCCCGGAAUGAGAGCAGCGGCAGCAAUUCUGAAGUGCCCACUCAAGGCCGCUGGGAAGUCCAUUCCUGUCUUCAUCCGCCAGAUUAUCGAUGUUGUCAAGCAAGCCGGUUCGACCGAGUCUGAGGUAGUCCAGACUGCAUUCAAGUCACUUGCGACUAUCCUUCGAGAGCAGCCAGGCGCACAAAUCAAGGAGAAGGACCUCAUAUACCUCCUAGAGCUGUUGUCGCCAGAUCUCGAAGAACCGACACGUCAGGCUUCGGUCUUCACCAUGUUGCGCGCCAUAGUUACGCGGAAACUCGUGGUUCCUGAAAUCUAUGACCUGAUGGACAAGGUGUCGAAAAUCAUGGUUACCAGCCAGUCACCACAAGUUCAAGAGCUCUGCCGAGGGGUGCUCCUGCAGUUCCUCCUAGACUAUCCUCAAGGCAAGGGCCGUCUACGAAACCACAUGACGUUGCUGGCUAAGAACCUUUCGUACGUUUACGAGAGUGGUCGCAAGUCGGUGAUGGAGCUCCUCGGCGCAAUCAUCGCCAAGUUCCAGGUUGAUCUCGUGCGAGAGUAUUCCGACCUGCUAUUUGUUGCGCUUGUCAUGGUUAUAGCAAACGACGACUCACCGAAGUGCUGCGAGAUGGCUGCAGAGCUCAUCAAGAGUCUCUUCGCGCGUCUAGCUGACGCGCAGCGGAACAUCAUCAUGUCGCACGUCCACUUGUGGGCGAUCCAGCAAGCGCAACCUCAAUUAGCUCGAGUAUCGCUUCAGGUAUGCGGCAUCAUCGUAGACCUAAUGGGGAAGGAUGUCGGGCCGUAUGUUUCAUCUAUUCUCGAAGACCUGAACGGCGCCCUCGAGUACAGCGCUCAAAUCCUUGAGUCAGAUGCUAUCGAGGUCGAGAAGGAUCUCGCGGAACAAGAUGUAGAAUGGCAGAUAUCGUAUCACGCACUACUCGUCUUCGCGAAGCUCCUCCGGGUCAUUCCUGAUCUCACUGUACAACAGGACAAGGUGGAUUGGCCAGUCGUAGUCGAGCAUCUCGUCUACCCUCAUGCAUGGACACGUACAGCUUCGUGCAGAAUACUUGGCUUACUGUUCGCGGCGACACCAGUAGCUGCUCCAAAUCCUAAGCUCCCGGACAACUCGCCGUUCUCCCGAGUGGGCAUGGAAGACGUGACGAAGAAGCUAUGUUUGCAACUGCGUAGCCCCAACCUAGACGCUGCGCUGAGUUUGCAGAUCGUAAAGAACUUGUUCUACAUUGGGAAGUGCUUCUGCACUCUGGACGCCCCGUUACACAAACAGGAACUCAGCGGCUCAGAAGAGGAAGAAGCCGACCGCGAGGACGAAAGCGAAGCUGAAGGCGACGCUGAACAAUACCCGCUUGCAUGGCUAUUAUCUAAGCUCUCAUACCAGGCGCGACAUGCGCUCGUAGCACGCCGCAAUAAGCCAUCUAGUCCUGAGAACUGGAUUCACCAGCCCACCUCUGUACUGAAGUGGUUCGCCGCAAUGGUGUCGCACAUGGAUGCAUCGCAGACCGAACACUUCCUCAUGCACAUCCUAUCCCCCGUGUACCGCAUCACAGAGGAUGACACUAUUCGCGAUCCGCAAUUUGGUGAGCUCAAGACACUAGCGGUCGAGCUACAGGACCUCGUGCAGAACAAGGUCGGGACAACCAAAUUCGCAGAUGUGUACAACCGGAUCCGCCAGACAGUCCUAGGCGUGCGGAGAGAGCGGCGCAAUGUGCGCGCAGUCCGAGCGACGACGAACCCGGAGGCUUCAAUGAAACGAAAACUACAGCACAAUGCGGUCAAGAAGGAAAGCCGCAAAAGGAAAAACCAAGCCUUUGCGUACGUAUUUUCUGCGUGA